AGCACACAAAAAAAAGUCUCAAUUCUAGUCCUCACACAAACCCUCUCCCCCGCAGAAACACAAGCUACGACGUCGUUCUAGAGGAUUAAGUCCUUUCUCCUCCUCCUUUUUUCUUAUCAGUUAAAAUCACAAAUAAAUUUAAUGAUUGCCCAUCUUCUCUGGCUUCCACUGGGGUCUGAAUAUAAAUACGUAUCCUCUAGGAAGAUUUUGCCGGGGUGUUCUCUCCUAUCUUAAAGCGGCAGAUACCCAAAUCUCAUUUCCUCCACUCCAACACUCGCCCUCGGUUCAACCGAAGAAGAAAAAAAUGGGAGGAGGCAACGGGCAGAAGGCAAAGAUGGCUCGCGAGAGGAACCUGGAUAAGCAAAAAGCUGGUUCCAAGGGAAGUCAGCUUGAAGCAAACAAGAAAGCCAUGUCGAUCCAGUGCAAGGUGUGUAUGCAGACAUUCAUUUGCACCACAUCGGAGGUGAAAUGCAGGGAGCAUGCAGAAGCCAAACACCCCAAAUCUGACGUCUAUGCGUGUUUCCCCCACCUCAAGAAAUGAAGUGUGGGAGAAGAACUAGUGGAUACGGAUUCAACGCUCCAUCUUUAUUGUCUUGUAAUCGAGUUUGGAACUUUGCAAAGCAAUUCAUUCAAAUUCAUGGAUGUCAAUUGCGAUGUAUUGUGGAGUGUGUUUAUAUUACUAUGAUGCCUUGGUUACAUUGUCGACUUUAUCUUUA